GUCCAUUAUAUUAUUUUGUAUACUGUUAAUGUGUUGACAAUUAUUUUGUACCGGACUCAACUGAGUAGUAAAGGUUAUUGUUUGAUGUGAACGAGUUUACGCCUUAUCGACCGGCACGUUGUUUCUAUAGUAACUUCGUAUGUAUUGCAUAAUAAUCGAUACUACAUUAUGUCGUGUUUGGACAGUAUGACGGACACAAUCAAAGCGCCUGUAGGACUAUUUAUUAAGAUGCACUCGGCGUUGGUGGCCAAAAACUAUAGUACGGCUCUAAAUUACUGCGACGCAAUUUUGGACCACGAACAGGAAAACGAAACAAUAAAGAGUUUUCAAACGCUUUUGAAGAAAAAAAUUGAAAUGAUCGACGAAAUGACCGAAUACACGGACAGUAGCGAGUUUACCUCGUCGGAGAGCGAGAGUGAAACAGAAACGGAUACAUAGUUUAAGGAACAAACCAAACAAGAUAUUGAUAUCUACUUAUAAUACUUAUUAUUUACAAUUUUAUGUAUACAACAUGUAUUAAUAUGUACGUAAAUACUCCAUUAAACUUAAUCCAACUUAACAACUAAAAACGAUGAGAGUUGGGACACAUAUUACUGUAUUCAACGAUAGUGCAUAAUGUUAUUUAAUUUGGCUGUAAAUUAUACAAUAAUCGUUUUUUAAUGACCUUGACACACUUAUACCAAUUUAUUAAAUAAUAUACAACAUAGGUAAAUAGCGAUGUAUAUUUCGUCGCCAAAAAAUGAUUUGUAUAUCGCUUCUUCAAAGUCUCCAAAAACCGAUUAUCGGUACAAUUUUUUUUUAUUAGUUCAUUCAUAAAUGUUGGGCGU